AUGCCACACAAGAAGAUUGCUCAACCAACGUGCAAGUCUACAACGCAACUGAUACAUAUUGCAGACGAGUUUGUCAAGCAAGAUGAUGGGAAAAACCAAGACAUGGAAACGCUUCUGCAAGAGUGUAUCGACACCCUAGUCAACUACCAGGAAGAAUGCAAGAAACUCCGAAGAAAAGGCUCACAAAACUCACCGCAAUCUUUAGGCUCGCGAGACGAAAAUAUAUUUGAAACUUACGAAGCUGCAUAUGUGUACUACAAGAUCGUAUCUCAGCUGGUGCUGAAUAAGAUCCCAGAACUACCUGAAUUUCUGCACGCCAAAAAUAACGCCGAGACGCAACGUGAAAAGGGUCUGAUCGACUUGUACAAUAUGCUGGUCAAGACUUUGCUUACAGACGAGAAAUUCGCAGAGAUUCGCAAGUUUAUAAAGGAACAUUCGACAGCAGAGAAAAAACCUGCGGCAAUCAAAUCUUACACCGAAUCAACGUGGACGAAUGGUCAAAGAAUCAGCCCGUCACGUCUUUCCACGCUAUCAAACGAACACAGGGUGCUGCUUAUAGAUCUCAGACCGCGCCUGAAAUUCAUAGAAUCGCAUAUCAAAUCGGAAACCAUCACAUGCAUUGAACCGAUCUCUUUCAAAGACUCUUACUCAGAUAUUGAGCUCACCAGAAGGUCGCUUAUAACAUCUCCCGCUCGGGAAGUUUCCCUCUUCAAAGAGCGGGACUCUUUCGACUACAUCGUCAUAUACACGGAUGAGCUGGACAAGACAGGCUUCUCCCAGCAACAACAAGUUAGUCUCUUGGAAUUAUUGGUGCAGAGGUCAUUCGAAAGACCUUUGAAUAAUGUCAAAGUCCUCAUACUACAAGGGGGUUUUGAAGGAUGGGUCAAUAAUGGAGGGCCAUGCGACAGUUCGCAUCACAAAGAGGAUCGUGAGUACGCCUUGGAAUAUUCUAUUCCUCCACUGAUACCACAAAAAGCUUCUGUGAUGAAACCUGCCCCAUCGUCCUCAACCUUUGCCAAUUUUCCGGAAACGAACGGGUCGGUUUCUCAUGAAGACAGACCAAACUCUCCAUUACUCUUUCCCCAACAGCGACCUUCGGGCUUACAGCGAAGUUCCAGCUUCAGAGAUAGACUCUCCAGCAUGUCACCCAUUUCCAGGACAAUUAGCCCUUCCCCAACCCAUGAGUCCAUUGUACAUAGAGAUUCGACAAGUUAUCCGGAAACUCCGCAGCUGGGCCCAUCGCCAAAUGGCAACAAACUUCCUUCACAAGUCAAACACGAACGUGAGAUUUUCAAUUCUCAUCUUAACGGCUUUUCCCCACCUCGUAUUAAUGGUGGAAUGGUAGAAAACGGGUUGGACAAAGCAUUGAUGAGACCAGCAGCUGACACGAACGGAAAGGGGUUAGCCAGAGCUGCAGAUGAAAGUGCCGAUCACGUACUGCUGAACAAACCGGUAUCGGGGUUUUGUGUUGGUUUAGUAAAUCUCGGAAAUUCGUGCUACAUGAAUUGCAUCAUUCAGUGUCUACUGGGAACCAACGAACUUGCCCAGAUUUUUCUCGAUGACUCUUACAAAAAUCACAUCAAUUUGAAUAGUAAGCUGGGCUCGAAGGGCGUUCUAGCCAAGUACUUCUCGCAAUUAAUUCAUACAAUGCGCCAAAAGGCUGUCUCAGCACCACCUGGUACUCCAAAAAAUCACAAUAAGGGAGAUGAGAAAAGUGCAGUCCAACCGAUCAAUUUCAAAGUUGCGAGUGGAUCCAUCAAUUCUUUAUUCAAAGGAUCAUCCCAACAAGAUUGCCAAGAAUUCUGUCAAUUCCUACUUGAUGGUCUGCAUGAAGAUUUGAAUCAAUGCGGUGGUAAUCCAUCUUUGAAAGAGCUAUCUGAGGAAGCAGAAAAAAUAAGGGAAAAGCUUUGCAUGAGGAUUGCCAGCUCAAUUGAAUGGGAAAGAUACUUAACCACGGAUUUCAGCGUUAUUGUAGACCUUUUUCAAGGUCAGUAUGCUUCCCAGCUGAAGUGCAAGGUUUGCGGUCGCACCUCCACCACAUAUCAACCGUUUUCGGUUCUCUCGGUUCCGGUUCCUAGCGGUUCCCGCUGCGGCAUCAUCGACUGCUUCGAAGAGUUCACCAAAAUCGAAACUUUGGAAAGGGAUGAGCGGUGGUCUUGUCCUCAAUGCAAAGUCAAGCAGCCUUCAACAAAGAAGAUCACUAUUACAAGGCUGCCUAGGAACCUCAUCAUUCACUUAAAACGGUUCGACAACCAACUGAACAAGAACAACAUAUUGGUCUCUUAUCCUAAUGUCUUGGAUCUGACACCAUUUUGGGCUGAUGAUUUUGACGGUAAACUCCCACCUGGUGUGACGGAGUUACCUACCCGAGGCCAAGUUCCUCCCUUCAACUACGACUUGUAUGGGGUCGCCUGCCAUUUCGGUACUCUGUAUGGUGGACAUUAUACGGCAUAUGUUAAUAAAGGCUCUCCUUAUGGGUGGUGCUAUUUUGACGACACCAGCUGGAGGAAAGUCAAGAACCAGCAUGAGUACAUCACGACAAAUGCCUACGUUUUGUUUUAUCACCGCGCCUCAAUGUCAUCGCUCUAG